AUAAAAUGGCCGUCAGGACGAUAGAUAUAUUUUUGUGACGCAUUUUUUAGUGUUUUUGGGGCGAUAUAUAGUGUUUUUGAGGUGAUAUAGGCCUAGUAUAGCCGUUUUUGGGACCCUAGGCCUAUCUGGGAUGAAUGGCGUCAGAGAAGAUGGAAAAAGACAUAAGAGAUGAGUGUAUUGGUCGUUUGGCUGAGCUGGGCACCCAGAGGGCAGCUCCUGGCUCCUUCCUGGGGGCUAUGGUGGCGCCACCUCCUGGAGGCGAGGGAGGUGGAAAAGGCCGUGACAUAAACCUGGAGGAUCUUUUAUGCACUAAACGAGUGGAUGACGUACCAGCAAGAGUGUGGGUGCUGAGUGCAGAGGCUGGAAAAGGCAAGUCAACCAUUGCUCGGCGUAUUGCCACAUCCUGGACCAGCAGUGAUCACUUACUCCAUGGUCUGGAUCAUUAUCAGGCACUGUUGGUGCUCAGUGGAUCUGCUGUGGCUGCUGACGACUGCUGGGAAGCGGUCAAGACCUUUCUGCUGCAGUCGGUGUCGAAGUGGGGUGCGUCCUGUGUGGCAGAGUGGAUGGAAUCAGCACAAGUACUUGUGAUUAUAGACGACUUUAUCCCGAAGAAAGCCGGCGAGGAACUGACGGAGGCACUGACGGAGUGGACCCAGGCGUCUUUGCUGCUGACAACGUCAGCUGAUGGUGUGGCUACGUCAGCGCUGACGGCCGCUUACGUACCCACCGUUCACAUCACCCUGCAGGGGCUAGACAGAUGUGACGCCCUGUCUCUGGCGAUGCAACACCUUCCUGCUGAGCAGGUGGAGUCGUUUACCAGCUGGCUGGUGGCCAGCUGGUGCCUCGUCUCAGAUGUUUUAUCAUACCCACGGCUAGUUAUCUCCACCUGCCUAGCCUGGACACUAGGAAACAUCGAUGACAGUGUUGUAACUACCACACAGUUGCUGUGGUGCAUUGUUGAGUCCCAGGUGUCUCAAUGUUAUAAUAUAAGAGAGGAGGAGAUGGCUAGGUGGUUGCUAGUGCUAGGAAAGCUUGCUAGGAGGAGCCUGGAAUCUGAAAUACACAUUAACAGGGAGGAAUUGCUGGGUGAAGCUGGGAAGAUUUUUCCCAGUGGUGUGGUGGAGGUGGCAUUGCUACUACCACUGCCUCUGUCCACAUCUGCAGCCUGCCUAUCCAGUCUCUCCUUCCCUCAUCCACUGACUCAGUUCCUAGCCGCCUGGGACGCUAUCCAUCAGAACAUGCGUGGGACGCCGAUGAAGUCGCUGGUGAAGAGGCUACGAGACGAAGACAGUGUGGUGAUAUACGCUGCGGGACACCUGAACCACAUACUGCAACACGACCCUCAUUCUCCUGACAACCAGGUGUCUCGCGCCGCCAAGAAUCUCGUCCUACACAUGGACCGGGCCACGGAUCGCUUCGGCUACACUCUCAAAGUUAUCCAGGAGUUCCGGGUUCAUCCACGGGUUCUCCGCAUCAUGAUGGAUGAAGUGGGGCUCCCGAAGAUCUGGGAAGUGUCUGAUGGGGCUGUGUUGGUGGAGCCUCUCGCUGCCUUACUCCAGCACUCCACCCCUGUGAAAAUACAUGUUUCGGUGGAGAGAAAGUGCCUGGCACCGGAUCUAGGUGGCGUUGUGGCACUGCUAGCAGGAACGUCCAUUCCCAUGUUCCUAGCAGAGAUGAAUCACUUGCAAUGGGGCAGUUCUGACACCACUGACAAUCUGGUUAGUGUCAUACAACGAGGCAACCAACAGCUGCAAGACUUUAUUGGUUGCCUAAACGCUGAGACCAUCAAAUCUCUGUGUGGUUGGCAAGCCACCAGAAACUUGGUGUGUUUGAGAGUUAGAGUGACGGAUAGGGAGUCAGUUGAAGCCAUACUAAGGAGUCCAUCGGAGUUGCCUUCUCUCUUGUGGCUAGAAGUGGACUUCGACUUGCCUCUGGACGACCUCAACAAUACAUCGUUGACCCCUGUCAACACUCCCCUUAUGGAUGUCUGCUUUAGAGACAUCACUGACAGAGAUGUCCCCUUGGUAUGCCAGUUACUAGAGCACAUAAGAAUUAGAUACUCUGGAGUGCACCUCAUGUGUUGUAGCCUAACACCUCAGGGUGUGAGGGAGAUACUAAAGUAUUUCUACAGACGAGGCAUGUACAUGACGGCAGAUGCCAGCGCUAUCGCCCGCUAUCGCCGCUGGAGAUUCCCCGCUCUCGACACAGUGCCCAAGACGGAGACCCUGACUGACGACAAGGUACAACACCUGCUGGGGUACGACGACAGAUACCACUACAGCGACAACGAGGCACGAACUAGCGUCCUAGCUACCCGCCUGGAGGCCAACACCUUAGCUAACUUUUUUGAGGCACUCCAGGACCUGGUCUACUUCCGCUUCGUCUGUGCCAACUUAAGUGUUGUGAAGAACACAGAUGGCACCACAGAAGUCAAGGAUCUCCUAGGAUACCAAUAAGAGGUCAAGAAUCUCCUAGGAUGCCUAUAAGAGGACAAGAAUCUCCUAGGAUACCUAUAGGAGGUCCAGGAUCUCCUAGAAUACCUAUAAGAGGUCAAGAAUCUCCUAGGAUGCCUAUAAGAGGACAAGAAUCUCCUAGGAUACCUAUAGGAGGUCAAGGAUCUCCUGGGAUACCUAUAAUGGUGAAGGAUCUCCUAGAAUACCUAUAAGAGGUCAAGAAUCUCCUAGGAUGCCUAUAAGAGGACAAGAAUCUCCUAGGAUACCUAUAGGAGGUCCAGGAUCUCCUAGAAUACCUAUAAGAGGUCAAGAAUCUCCUAGGAUGCCUAUAAGAGGACAAGAAUCUCCUAGGAUACCUAUAGGAGGUCAAGGAUCUAGGAUACCUAUAAUGGUGAAGGAUCUCCUAGAAUACCUAUAAGAGGUCAAGAAUCUCCUAGGAUGCCUAUAAGAGGACAAGAAUCUCCUAGGAUACCUAUAGGAGGUCCAGGAUCUCCUAGAAUACCUAUAAGAGGUCAAGAAUCUCCUAGGAUGCCUGUAAGAGGACAAGAAUCUCCUAGGAUACCUAUAGGAGGUCAAGGAUCUAGGAUACCUAUAAUGGUGAAGGAUCUCCUAGGAUACCAAUAAGAGGUCAAGGAUCUCCUAGGAUGCCUAUAAAGGUCAAGGAUCUCCUGGGAUAAUAAUAAUAAUUGUGAUACAAAUGCUCAAUAAUCUAGUCAUAAUAAUAAUUGUGAUAUAAUUACUCAAUAAUCUAUUG